AUGGCGGAAGCGGCACAUGCAAGCUACGAGUGUCUAGGACGCUACGAGAUGGAUGUGUCGUACACGACUCGGACUGCCAUGAACACAGCCGCCAUGAAAGGCAAGUCUGGAGAGAUAUAUCGAAUUUGCCAGAAGAUCGGGGCAGCCGAUCUGGAUGGCCUUCAAGAAGAUGACGACAGGCUUGUUCAGCAGCAUGGCCUCCAGGAGUUUGCAGCGCAACCGGGAGAGAUCACCCUCUUCCCGCCGGAGCUUCUCGAAGGCCUCCGGUGCAGGUGUGGGCUGGCACUUCCACUGCAGCGAGGGAAGAAGGCAACCUUCACCAAAGCGCUGUCGGGCCUCAUGUCAAAGAACAACAUCAAGGUCUCCGGUGCUCUCGGCCAGGCGGCAGCUGCAGACCUCAUCGCCGAACGCGGCUUCGUGUCCCGCUGUGGCGAUUGGUGCCUCAUUGGUCUCGUGAAUGGCCAGGGCAGCCCAAAGGUGUCUGGCGCCCUGACCAUGUACGUGGCCCAAGAGAUGCCCAAAGCCAUCUUCCGGAGCCCUGCCUUCGUCAACAGCUUCCCCGAUGUGGCAAAGGGGCUGACCGACGCCUUCGCGAAGGUUCACACCUCUGCUGCAAUGCAGCUGGACGUGACGCUCACAGGAGCUUCGGUGACCGUCGUUCUGCUGAACACAGAGCACGUCUGGAUCGCCCAUGUGGGCGACUGCCGCUGUGUUCUCGCAGUGCCCGACACCAGCGGCAACGCGCGCGAGUUCCACAUGCUCCCUCAGCGCCUGACAGAGGAUCACAAGCUUUGUGUCAAGAAGGAGUUUGAUCGAGCGAAGGAUGCCGGAGCCGAGGUUCGGAAGCUCGUCCAUGACAAGGUCUGCCGCCUCUUUGUGGGUGAGUCGAGCUAUCCCAGUCUCGCUCUGACCCGCGGCCUGGGGCAUCGGCUGGGACACACAGUCGGGGUCAGCCACAAGCCUAGCAUCUGCAAGCUCGUGCGCAAGGACCUGCCGGAAGGUAGCUACAUGCUCCUCGGGAGCGGAGGGGUGUGGGCGACUGUGUCAGACACGACGGCCGUGAAUUGGGUGACCAGGAAUUUGGAUGAUCCACAGCAGGCGGCGAUGUCCCUCGCGCACGAAGCCAUGAGCCGCUGGCAGGAGCCUGGCAGCCUGGCAAAAGGCAAUUUGAAUGGCACCAUGCCAGAUUGCUUUGGAACUUUCAUGAUCCAGCUAUCAGAAAAUGACAAGGAGCUGCAGUCACUCAACCCUCGCAAGUUCGUCCCGGGGUCAGAAGACAUCACUGAUGCCAUCAAGCUGCCUUGGCGCCAGGCAGAUCAUGACAUUGGCAACGCCAAGAGAGGGACUGGCUGCCCGUGUCAUGGACAUACCAAGCAGGCGCUGAAAACGGUUGACGGGGUCAUGAAUGAGUGCUUUGGCUGGAGUGUCUCCUGGGCUCACAUGCACGGCGCAGGCAAGCGUGCUCUGCUUGCGUUUGCUGCGCUUUCAAGUGUGUACGCGAGGCUGAACAUGCUUUACGAGGAGGCCGGCUGCCAACAGCUUGCCCGUUCCGGGAUGCGAGCCUUUGAGCGCUAUGAUCUUGCACUUCAAGCAGACUUGAGUGGGCCCGUUGAGCUGAAGACGAAGAAGUCCUUCGUCAAUGCCUGCGCGCAGCUGACACAAAUCUCAGAGCAGUGGAGCCAGGACUCGUCCCAGCCCAGUGUACAGGCUCUGCAGGAGGCUGCCAAAGCCGUGUUCACGGCGCUGCAGACUCGCUUUUCGAACCCAAAGUUCUGGCAAGCUGGGCUUGAUCUUUUCCUUGCCCUCGAGUUCCAUGUGCCUGCCAUCACAGACGCUGGCAAGUGGAGGGAUGCAGCACUGGAGGAAGUCGACGAAGAAGCGCGAGAGCGGGCAAAGGAACAGGCCCGUCUCCGCCGCCUCCAGGAGGAUAAGAUGCACAACAAGGGCCAAUUCGGGGAUGCGGCGACGCCGCUGUCGCUUGGGGAGCUCCUCGCCUCGCAGGGCUUAGUCCUGGUGGAGGAGGAUGACAGGCGUCCUGGGAUGUCCCGGGAUGCUCGGGCGGAGCUCCGUGUGAAGACGGUUCUGGAGGAGGACGUCUGCGUGGUCUGCCAGGAGGCAAUGCCUGCAGGUUCCAAGGCCAAAGCCAUGCCUUGUGGGCACCUUUUUCACGACGACUGCCUCCUCUCAUGGGUCAAGAAGAGCAACUCCUGCCCCACCUGUCGCUUCGAUGACAUGCCCAGCGAGAAGCGUCACUAUGACGACGUCCAGCGGCAGGUGAUGGAAAGACAACCUGGGCUGUACUCCUGA